AUGUCACGAGCUUCUAGAUCAUCGAAAUUGUUGGUAUUGGCGGAUUCAGACUCGGACGAACUAUCUGGAUUAGGCGCCCAGAUCCACAAGCACAGAAAGUCGAAGACGGACGACAUGGCACCAACAAAGAAACCCCGCGGACGACCUCCAGCGAACAAGGUUACGAAGCCCGCCAGAAAAGCCGCACGUCGCCCUAAUGAUAAGCUUGCAGCUGUUCUUAUCGCUUCCACCAAUAAAACUGGAAGCGAGGAUGACGUCGAAGAGUCGAGUAAAGAGGACACGAAGACCGCUAAGAGAGGGCGCAAAGCCGACAACAAAGACGAGGAUGAGAGCAUGGUCGAUUCGGGGGAGGAAGACACCAUGCCCCUGACAACGAGCACUGCAAGACCCAGAGGUCGACCGAGGGCAGCAGCUGCUGUUACGACAAGGGAAUCGUCAAAUCCCACCGAUAAGCUUACAGCGCAGCGAACGAAGCGCGGGCGCCGUCCGGCAAACAAGCUAGGAAGAAACGAAAACUCUGAAAUCUUAGAGACGCAACCUUCAGAAGCUACCGAUAUCGACACGACGGACAUUGGCCAUUCCGACGAUGUGCCUGUGCUCAAAGAGCCUGUCCAACGCGCUCGGGCACGAGACAACUUGGACGCAGAUUUGGGAGACGCACACCUUCGUAGGCGUUUAGGUGAUGCGGCCAGAAAGUACGAAAAUCUCGAGCUUAAAUACCGUGAUCUGCGCGAAAUUGGAAUCAAGGCGGCUGAACGCAACUUUGACACUCUCAAGAAGGAGAGCGAUGAAAGGGCGAACAUUGCGAGCGAGCUCAUAAACAAUCUCAAGGAGGAUUUGGGGACUCAACGAGCGUUAGCCAAGGAAGGCCAGCAAAGUAAACUGAAGCUUGAGGAAAUGGAAAAGAAAGUGGCGGAAUUGUCGGCAUCUCUUGCUGAAGCGAAACAAGAAGUAAAGACGCUGUCGAACAAGUUGGCGGCGAGCAGGUCGGCAGAGGCUGCUGCGACAGCAGUGACUGUCAAGGUCCCAGGAAGCGCCAUAAAAGGCGGGAACGCAGCCGCUCGUGCUAUUGCUACAGCUAGCUCAGAUGCGGUGCAAACGGCUCAGUUGAAGGAGGACCUCUACGGUGAUCUGACAGGGUUGAUUGUCAGGGUAGUCAAGCGUGACUCGGCUGGGCAAGUCUUUGACUGCAUUCAAACGGGAAGAAACGGAACUCUCCACUUCAAGCUUGAGGUUGAGACAGAAAAUUCGGAGGACAGCUACGAAGAAGCGCACUUCACCUACAAGCCGCAGCUGGACUCUAACCGGGAUCGGGAUCUAAUUGAUCUGCUUCCCGACUUUUUGGUGGAGGAGAUCGAGUUUUCCCGGCCACAUGCUGCGAAGUUUUAUUCACGGGUGACGAAGUCGUUGAUGGAGUAA